AUGAAGCCCGUCGUGAGCGCCGGCCAAGCUUGGUCCUGUACUGUUGUCGCCGCAUUUGGCAUUCCUAUUCUGAGUGUUCUAGCCAUUCUAUAUAGAACGGGCCACGAAGAGUUCACAGGAUCGACCGACGGCCCCAACCGCGAUGAGGGUAAGGUCAUGGCUGGCAACAUUUUUAUGGCUGUGAUUGUGUAUGCUGGAUUUGCCGUAUUUUGUGGCUUCCAGGGCAUGCUACACGUUCGAGAGAGCCGACGCGGAGCGAUUGCUUUAUAA